AUGACUAGUGAAAAAAAAGUAGUAGAGUACUACCAUUUACCUCUGGUGCUUGGCGGUUACCUGGCCUCGCGUUAUGGUGGAAAACGGGUAAUCUUAGCCACCAUUCUUGGCGCUUCAUUGCUUACAUUGGCUAGUCCAGUGGCUGCUCGUACUCAUGCCUAUAUUCUCGCUGGUCUCCGCGUUGGUAUUGGAUUCCUUCAGGGUGCCACGUUCCCAGCCAUGCAUACCAUGUGGUCUGUAUGGGGGCCGCCUCUUGAGCUGUCUGUGCUAACUGGUGUCAGUUAUGCUGGUGCUCAGAUAGGCAACGUUUUUGUGCUACCUCUCUCAGGUUUUCUCUGUCAGUAUGGAUUCGACGGUGGUUGGCCCAGUAUUUUCUACACUCUUGGAGUUAUGGGCGUGAUUUGGUGCGCUGUUUGGGCAUACUUAAUAACUGACAAACCCAGUGAUCAUCCGCUGAUUUCGGAAGCCGAAAAAGAAUACAUUACAAAAGCGGUUGAGGCGUCUGUUGGAAAGCGUACUGGAAAGCACCCUGCGACCCCAUGGCGCAGUAUUCUGACAUCUCGAGCUGUUUGGGCAUGCUGGUUUGGUCACUUUGCAGGUGACUGGGGUGCAUACACAAUGCUGGUAUCGCUUCCCUCUUUUCUGAAAGAUGUUCUCGGUUUGGAUUUAUCAUCGCUUGGCAUUGUAUCCGCAGUUCCUUACAUUGCUUAUUUCGUUGUUAUCAAUAUUGGUGGAUUCCUUGCCGACUUUAUUCGCAGCAGAAACAUCCUCGGCACUCUUAACACACGACGAGCAGCUAUGUUAAUUGCCUUGCUUGGUCAAGCGAUGUUCCUCGUCCUCUCUGGCUACUGCGGAUGUGGUCAGGAGGCACUGGUUAUAAUCUACUUGACAGCUGGAAUGGCUAUUUCUGGUCUGCAAUACUCGGGCUUUGUUGUCAACUACUUGGACAUUGCACCUUCCUUCUCUGGUACAAUAAUGGGAAUGGGUAACACGAUAUCUUGUCUUGCUGGCAUUGUUUCACCGAUGGUCACGUCAGCGCUGACUCCAAAUGGAACUCAAGAAGAAUGGCAAGGCGUCCUGUGGCUCACAGCCGGUAUACUUGCGACUGGAUCGAUUGUGUUCAGUCUUUUCGCCAGCGGAGAAGUCUUAGAAUGGGCCAAACACAAAGGAGGAGAUGCUCCAGAAGAGCUCCCACUCAAAGAGGCGGAAGCGACACUUGAAAAGGACACUCAUUGA